AUGACAGCAGUCGACCAGCCUCCAGCACCAAAUGCGCAACUCACCAAGAUCCCGAUCGCGCAGCUGUCGCCCACCCUCGAGCAGCCUCAGGAGAAAUGCAUAGAAGCGACUGUGACCCUCGUCUGGCCGUACUCAUCAUCGACCAAGUCUCUUAGUCUCUUGCUCGCCGAACCCGAUUUCCGUCUGCGACGUUUUCAUGGACAAGUCAAGGCAAUAUUUCAUGGGCGCGUUGCAGAGAAGGUGGCCUUGUCCCAUGUUGGCAUUGGUGACACUAUUUGUCUUUCCUUGGAGGGUUCGAAUUUUGUUGCGAAUGAUACAGCGACGCAAACUCCCGGAAGAUAUGUCGCGUGGGAUAUACACUUUGACCAUGGGUUGUCCCUCGAGAUCAAUCGGUCAUCAAAGGAUUCCUCAAAAGAUUCCUCAAAAGAUUCCUCAAAAGAUUCCUCAAAAGAUUCCUCAAAAGAUUCCUCAAAAGAUUCCUCAAAAGUAUCCAUCGAGUAUCACGAUCCUGCACCACAAGAACCCGAACCAGUUCCGCCCUCGACACCCCGCGUCGUUACAACAGACCCAUUGGUACUGGGACAAAGCUCAUGGGAAUCGCCAGCUUUUCUACGAUCUGGUUCAAAUCUUUUUAGCAGUGUGCCUCGUACCUCUCUUCGGGAGCCUGUCGAGGAGGAUGGGUUUGUUCCUGGCAAGGGAAGAAAACGGCCAAGAUACAGCUUGAAACGGGACGAUUGGCACAUCUUGGAUGAACCUAUGAGCCCACAGGAGCAGAAACCUGCGUUAGAUUGGUGGGAGAAAGACUCUUGGGAGAAGAUGUCUGAGGGAAGCGAGAAUAACGAACCAGAGAUCAAUGAAGCCCCAGAUGCUGAACCUCAGAUCGGCAGUACAAUCCCUGAUGGAGAUCAGACAAACGAGGAACAUACAUCUCAAGAGCAGGCUUCUGUCUUUGUCAAGCCUUCUCUUGAAUUUUCUGGAGGCCUUUUCGGCAAGCGACCACCACAGCCCAGUGAUACUUUCCAGCGGCGCCUGAUGUCAGCCUCCCAUCUUCCUACAGAUACGCCGCAACUCCGACCAGUACCUUCACCCGGUCUUCCGAUACCCUCGCCUAUCGUUUCAAACUCAAACAACGAUCAAGGCUACUUUUCAGAAUCCCACACUGUCUCCCAAAUACAGAACGCAGAUGCUGUGUCUCUAGAAGCCGAUGCCAUUGUGACUGCCUCAGAGCCGAUACAUUUCUCCACCAUUUCACCCGUUUCUCCUCCAAGAGCAACACCGAUAGCUGCUGAAGAUAUGGCAAGAACACAUCAAGAUGAUGAAUCUAUUUCCACACCAGCUGGCCUGCUGUGGCAGAUCAAGUGGCAGAUCAAGUGGCAGAUCAAGUGGCAGAUCAAGUGGCGGAUCAAGUGGCAGCUCAAUCAUGUAAAUCUGACGGAGGUGAACGAGCCGUGGACGAUCGAGACGACCAUGAUAUGA